AUGAUAAAGCAAAAUAAGGACGGGGAACCAAUUUUCAUCCCACCAACCAAAAUUUUACAAGAGUUAAAGUAUUUGCACAAAGAAUUACCAGCAUUUUGUUAUUCGUGGGCUUGGGAAGCGAGAUGUGUUUGCGCAUUUGAAAAAGGAGAAUUCAUUGAGGCAAUAAAAGAGUUGAAAGUAGUUUAUAUGUUGAUAAUCUAAGCAAAUUGGUUGCUAAAAGAGAUGCGAAGUGUACGCAAAAAAACCAAUUCUCAUUGGCAAAAGAUUAUUUAAUGUAAGAUUAAUUUCAUAUGGGGCAUCAUCUCCAAAAAAAAUGUUUUUUGGACCAAACCAUUUAGCCCAUGCAUUUGAUAAGUUGAUGUUUGACUAUGUCUAUAUAUUUUUGGAGACCCCUCAAAAAACAGCUAAGAAAUUAUAGUUACUUAUAUAAAAAGCAGAAAAUGCAUAAAAUAAUAGGUAUUAGUUAUAUAAAUGUAAGAUAAAUUGCAAGUUUUAAGGAGAGUUAUAAAUCAUUACUGGGAAAGGAAUAUGAAGAAUAGAAUAUGGAGGAAGAAUAGAGUGAAGAACAAGAUUGA